CUUGGAUCACAUUUACCUCGCGAAUAGAAAUCCUAUCUUGCCACCCUAUAAGGGCUCAUUUGCAGGAAUGGAUGCUCCAAUGUACGAAUAUGAUUGUGACGCGUACUUCACUCUAAUCUGGAACGAGCUGAACUUCCUCCGCAAUUUGGUCGACAAGUGUACUGGUUGUAUACGAAAUCACACCUUUCCCGUUGAAGACGACGAAUUCUGUUCAGCAGAUCUUUGCUUUACAGGAGUUUCCUGUAUUGGAUUGCCGGACGGUAGCCAACCACACUGCGGACUCUGCCCGAUUGGAUACGACGGUGAUGGGCGACAUUGUUCCAAGCGGAAUCCAUGUGUUACGGAUCCUUGCUUUACUGGAGUUCGCUGCAAAAUGGUAGAUACGUAUCCAUACUUCAGCUGCGGUCAGUGUCCUUCCGGGUACGAAGGAAAUGGUAUCAAUUGCAGUCAAGCGGACACAUGUUCCUUAAAGCCAUGUUUUGAUGGGGUCAGCUGCCGAUGGGCGCCCAAAGUUCCUCAUUACGAGUGUGGAGAGUGUCCGCCGGGAUUCGAAGGGAAUGGAAAGUAUUGCACCAAGAACGCUUGCCUGCUGAAACCCUGUUAUCCCAGAGUGAAUUGUUUGAAGAAGAAUAUCGAUCCGUUUUUCAGCUGUGGAGAGUGUCCGGUCGGAAAAGCCGGUAACGGCAUUCUCUGCGGUAGGGAUAGUGAUUUGGAUGGUUAUCCAGAUGAGGAGCUACAGUGCACGGAUGCUGGCUGCGCCAGAGAUAACUGUGUUCUUGUGCCAAACUCUGGACAGGAAGAUAUCGAUGCGAACGGAAUUGGCGAUGUUUGCCAGAAAGAUGUAGAUUUUGAUGGAUUGGAUAAUGAGAAGGAUAAUUGCCCACAUGUGGCCAAUCCAUGGCAAGAGGAUGGAGACCGUGAUAAGAUCGGUGAUCGGUGUGAUAACUGCCCGAAAGUGAGUAAUACCGCACAGCUAGAUAUGGAUGGGGAUGGUAUAGGAGACUCGUGUGAUGAGGACGCCGAUGGCGAUGGGUUUGUCAAUAACAUCGACAAUUGUAUGUGGGUUUCCAAUAAAAAACAAGAUGACAUUGAUAAGGAUGGAGUUGGAGAUCCGUGUGACAAUUGUCCAAAAAUUUGGAACAAAAAUCAGGCGGACUCAGACGGUGAUGGAGUUGGCGACGUGUGCGAUACGGAGCAGGACUCAGAUGAAGAUGGUGUUCAAGAUGACAUAGAUAAUUGCCGUGAGUUAGCGAAUGCGGACCAGUUAGAUAGCGAUGGUGAUGGAUUCGGGGAUGCGUGCGACAAUGAUAAGGACAACGACGGUAUUACGGAUGAGACAGAUAACUGCUUGCUUAUUGAAAAUGCUGAUCAAGAAGAUGUAAACAAGAAUGGUGUUGGUGACGUAUGCGAAGAAGAUUUCGAUGGAGAUAGUAUUGUGGACUGGAAGGACAACUGCCCGCGCAAUGGGCAAAUAACACAAUCCGAUUUUCGAAACUUUCAAACUGUUGCACUGGAUCCACACGGUGCAAGCCAAGAUGAUCCACACUGGGAAAUUCGAAACCUUGGUGCUGAAAUAUUUCAGAAAUUCAACAGCGAUCCUGGUCUGGCUGUUGGUCAAGACCGAUUAGAAGGUGUGGAUUUUGAAGGUACCUUCCACGUUGCGUCUGCUGGAGCUUCUUGGCUGGAUGAUGAUUUUGUAGGAUUCGUUUUUGGUUAUGUAAACAAUCGUAAAUUCUACGUGGCCUCUUGGAAACGGUAUGAGCAGUCCUACUGGGAAUCUGAACCAUUUUCUGCACACGCGACUUCAGGAAUUUUAUUAAAAUUAGUGAAUAGCAAAACUGGUCCUGGUGUACGUUUGCGAAACAGUUUAUGGAACGAUGCAAACAUAGAAUCUCAGACAAAAUUACUCUGGCAAGAUAGUAAGAAAGAAGGUUGGAAAUUCGAUACUGCUUACCGAUGGAAAUUAUUGCAUCGUCCAGCAAUAGGACUAAUACGAUUUAGAUUGUAUCAGGGUACCCGGCUAGUAGCAGAUUCUGGAAAUAUACUCAAUUACAGUAUCAAAGGUGGCCGCCUAGGAGUCUAUUGUUUCUCACAGGAACUUAUAACUUGGUCAAACUUGGCCUACCGCUGCGAAGAUAAAAUUCCAGGAGACAUUUACAAUGAAAUUCAAACAAAAAUAUCCCGGCGACAGCUCAACAAAGUGACUGUUGGCGAAGAAUAUUGGUAAAACGCGACUUCUGACCGCACUAGUGAGCUGAACUACAUGACUUAACUAAUCUGUUAUUUAGAAAUAUAAUCGUCGAGUACUGCAAACAGAAAAAAUCCCAUUGAAAUGAUAGUUUUGUUCUUUGAUGGCUUUUCGAGCCAACUAAGACACUCACCACUUUUAGCAAAACUACCGAACGGCUAAUUUCGACCAUAAAUAUCCAAAUUCGAUACGCUUUCGUCGUUAUAAUUUAUUUCUUAAUUUGC